AUGGAUAUGCUAAAUCCUCAAUUUGAAGCAAUUGGAAAGGAAUUUGUAAACCACUAUUUCCAGCUAUUUAAUACGGGACGAAAUGAAUUGGCUAGCCUUUAUAAAGACAUAAGUAUGAUGAGUUUCGAAAAUGACCAAUGUAGAGGAACUAACCAAAUAAUCGAACGAUUAAAUAAAUUGCCACCAACAGUAGUACAUAAAUGCUUAAGCUUGGAUAUUCAACCCACCCCAAAUAAUGGUAUUUUAAUAUUAGUUUGUGGUGAUAUAAUUAUUGAAGAAAAUAAGCCUUUAAAAUUUGUUAGGACCUUUCAUCUAUUCCCUUUACCUAGUGGCGGAUAUUUCAUUUUCAAUGAUUUAUUCAGAUUUUGUAUUAGUUAA